CGCCACCUAGGCUGCAGGCAGUGGCAGUCACACAUUGCUUUUCUGGACUGGGAUCCCACCAUGGUGUAGAUCCUGGAGCCUGUGAAGCCGGGCGCUGCUGGGACUGGACCAGACUCGAAGCAGGAUGGUGGGACAGGUCCAACUGGCGGUGAAUUCCUGACAGCUGUGAGCCGAGAAGGCAGGGGACAGUUCGGACACCUGCACUAGACAUCCAGCCAGGUUCUGAAAACCCACAAAGAAAUCUACAGGUCUGAUGGCCACCCCCAAGGGAAGGGAAGAUUCCAGCUCCGAGAUACCAGGCCAUGGAUGGCAGGAAAGUGGAGCCUGCAUGGAGUGGCUGGAUCACCCAGAGAGAUUGGAGAUGGAGGAGCAGGUGCCAGACCAGAGUGUCAUGUGGAGGAAAGCACAGGAAUUCUUCCAGACAUGUGACUCUGAGGGCAAAGGCUUCAUUGCCAGGACAGACAUGCAGAGAUUACAUAAGGAGCUACCCCUAAGUCUGGAGGAACUGGAGCAUGUGUUUGAUGCCCUGGAUACUGAUGGCAAUGGCUUUCUGACCCCAGAGGAGUUCACCACUGGAUUCAGUCACUUCUUCUUCAGUCAAAACAGCCAAAGUGAGGAGGAAGCUGGAAAACAGGUGGCCCAGCUCCAAGAGGAGAAGGUGUAUCAGUCUAGGGGGGGUGACCAUGUGGAAGGCACUGAGCGUGACGAGGAAGCACAGUUCCAGAUGCUGAUGGACAGACUUGGAGCCCAGAAGGUUUUGGAAGAUGAAAGUGACGUCAGGCAGCUGUGGCUGCAGCUGAAGAAGGAUGACCCUCACUUGCUGUCCAACUUGGAAGACCUCCUCACCACAAUCUUUGCUCAGCUCCAAGAAGCCCACGAGCAGAAGAACGAACUGGAGUGUGCCCUCAGAAAGAAAAUUGCGGCUUAUGACGAAGAAAUACAGCAUCUCUAUGAGGAGAUGGAACAGCAGAUCAAAAGCGAAAGGGAGCAGUUCCUCCUAAAGGACACGGAGAGGUUCCAGGCCCGCAGUCGGGAGCUGGAAAAGAAACUGAGCGCCAAGGAGCAGGAGCUGGAGCGUCUCCUCCAGAAGCAGAGCAGGCUGGAAGGCCAGUGCACAGCUCUGCACAAUGACAAACAUGAAACCAAGGCUGAGAACACCAAGCUGAGACUCACUAACCAGGAACUGGCCCGAGAGCUGGAGCGCACCUCCCAAGAACUCCAGGAGGCCCAGCAGCAGCUGGAGAGCCUGCAGAGAGAGGCCUGUGAGCUGCAGCAGGAGAAGGAGCUGGAAGUAUACCGAGUGACAGAGAGUCUGCAGAGGGAGAAGUCUGGCCUCCUGAAGCAGCUGGAUUUCCUAAGGGAGAGGAACAAACAUCUCCGAGAUGAACAGGACAUAAAUUUUCAGAAAGAUAAGGCGGCCAAGGCAAACACAGCUGCUUCCAAGGCAAGCAGGAAGCAAAGAUCUGGCUCUGUGAUCGGCAAAUAUGUGGAUGGCAGGGGAAUUCCCAGGAGCCAGUCAGUGGAGGAGGAUGAGACAUUUGGCAUCCUGAGGAGGAGAAACUCUGUGAGCCUGAGUGCAUAUCUCCUGGCAGAGGAGGAGCCGGGAACUGGGGAGCCAGGGGCUGGGCUUCCACGUCGCCAGGCACUCCGCAGAAUCAUCUCCAUUGAGGAAGACCCCCUGCCUCAGCUCCUGGAAGGUGGAUUUGAGAAGCCACUGAGCAAAUGCCCAGAAGAAGAGGAGGUCUUUGAUCAGGGGGCAGAAGGGCAAAGCAUGGCAGCCCCAGCCUUGGAACUCACCCCUACGUCUCCCCGAGUGCAGCCUGUCGGAAAAGAAGCCCUCUACAAGGAGGAAAGCAUUCCCUCUACCCCAGACCGGCUCUUCAAGAUCGUGUUUGUGGGUGACUCUGCCGUGGGGAAGACGUCCUUCCUGAGGAGGCUCUGUGAGGCCCGCUUCUCCCCAGGCAAGGCUGGCCCUGCAGGCAUCGACUACCGAGUGAAGACCGUCACUGUGGACAACACACGGGUGGCUCUGCAGCUGUGGGACACGGCUGGGCAGGAGAGAUAUCGCUGUGUAACUCAGCAGUUCUUCAGGAAGGCCGACGGCGUGGUUGUUAUGUAUGACCUCACAGCCAAGCAAUCCUUCCUGUCCAUCCGGCAGUGGCUGAGCAGCGUGGAGGAAGCUGUGGGAGACCCAAUUCCUGUUCUGCUGCUGGGCAAUAAACUUGACAAUGAGAAGGAACGGGAAGUCCCCCGAGGCCUGGGAGAGCAACUCGCCAAGGACAACAAUUUGAUCUUCUAUGAAUGCAGCGCCUGUUCGGGUCACAACACCGAGGAGUCCCUACUCCACCUGGCCAGGUUACUCAAAGAGCAAGAGGACACAGUGAGGAAGGACACCAUUCAGGUUGGCCCCCCUGCCAAGAAGAAAUCCUGUUGUGGCUGACAGUAGACCCUCCCCAGCCAUCCUAACCAGGCCCACCAUCAUCUUCAGCCAGCAGUUCUCUAAAGGCCAAGGUCACAUGGCUACUUGAACCAGCACUUGGGCUCCUAUGCAGCAACAGCUGGCAAGGUUCCCCCCUGCCUUGUCCUUGUUGGUGGCUUGCCGCCCCUAAUGGAAGGAAGCACCUGCAGCCAGAAGGCUGCCUUUUUCUCUAUCUUAAGAUCAGCUCCCCCUUCUCAUCUGUACCCCAAUACCCACUCCUCCCUCCUCCUUCCUCUCCUGCGAUAUGGAAAGGAGCAGAUGGGCUUUUCCAGAAAAGUCACCACGUGCCUUCUCCACCUCCCUUUUCCUCUCUCCAUGCCCUCAAGAGUCUCUGUGCUGCAGUUGCCAUGGCAACUGUGCAGGGGCAACUUGAUGCUACUUGAAGGCCAAAGAUGUGCUAUUUGGGUGAUGCUAGGGUAGCCUGUCUUACUUGGCCCCUGCUCUCCAGAAACCAGAGAGCUGCUCUUGGCACACAUGUUAUGGACCUUGAGAUACUGGAGUGUCUGCUCCCGUUUCCAGGGCUCUCUCUGCUUCUUCCGGAGUUCCUGAACAAAAGGCUUCACAACAUCUUCCAGCAACCACUGCAGCCACUGGAUCUGUGCUUGGAGUCUCUGCAGUAUGCUUCCUGAUGAACCUCAACCCUGACUCCAGGGUGAACACUGGGUGACAACUUCAUGCCUGGAGUCACACAACAGACGGGCUUCCUACUUAACUUUGACAGAGAAACCAAAGAAAACCAAAAGGGGAAGCCAGCCAUGGCUAAAGAUGGUGGCCAUUUCUGGAGGGUUUAAGUAAGAUAUGUGUCAUUGAAUGAAGGGCAUUUUCUAUGGGUUUCUCCAAACUCUUUGGAAAAUCACAUUUGAUUAUUGACAGGGUAGAUUGACAGCUAGGAGUGGCAGGGAGGGGGACCCAACACUAGCCCCGUAAUUAGUGACUUCACUUUAUUUCAUUUUCAUUUAUUCUGGGAGGUUACAUUCUUUUUUAAAAAGCAGUUGUGAUGUUGGCAUUUUCUGGUGCUUGAGAGGUGAGCUGCUUGUAGCUGCUGGCUUCAGCAGAGGGCGCUUGGCUUCAGGGAUGACUUGAAGCCUGCAAGGGCCUGUUCCCUGCUGCUGGUCAGCGCUGACUGUCUGGGUGCUUGAAAGCCCAUCCUUGCCCUGGACAGAAGGCAGGAUAAAAAGAUCACAAAGGUCCCUUUUGCAAGCGACUGGCAUUUCAAGUCUACAACCAAAGAGCCAGGCAUCAACUCCAUGGAAAGUGGGUGGCCCAACAGGUGAGGAUCAUUAAAAGGACAAAUUAUUGGGGACAAUCCCACAUAACCAAAUAAACAGCGAGCUAAAGUUCCUAGGCAUGCUUUAUGGCCUCUCCCUCAGACCCUCCAAAGAAUGGGAGCCCCCACAAUUAUCAGGCACAUGCCCACCUGCUCUUGGCAGGCUUUUAUCUUUUUCUAACCUAGCAUUUGCAGGGAGCAGAGAGCCUGUGGAGGAUGCUUAACAGAAUCCACCCCAUAGCUCAUAGCUCAGGUCCAUAGCUCAGCAGGCCAGCUCCACCCCAGAUCCUACCCCAUCAGUUAAAGAUAGGAUGGGUUAUUCGAGGCUGGGCAGCUUUCUGCUCAGGUACAUAGGAUUCCUUGUGAUGGCGGAAAUGACAUAGUGAUUUCCUUCAUAGGCUGGUCCUGGAUCUCAGUCUCAGAUUGGAGACAACUCCCAAAAACUCCUUUCCCUAGCAGAAGGGUGUUGGUGGGGGGUUGCAUUUGUGGUUUGGAGCAUGCAGAAGAGGCAUGACAGC